AUGGAACAACUUCCAGGCAGACCGGGGAACCUGACCCCUGAACAGGAAGAAAAGUUACGCAAAUUCUGGGAGAUGUUUCUACAAGUAUGUGGCGUUCUUGGCGAUGACGCCGCCGGUAAUGAUACAGAAACUGCUUCCGAGACUGCGUCGCGAACAGGAACCAAGGAAUCUGAAAAACCUAAGAAAAGCCGGAUGUCCCUAUUCAAGAAGAAGAAGGAUAAGGAAAAGGGGACCACUACGCCUACCAAGAUCGCGGCGAUGGAAAGUCUAAAAGAAAAUGACCCAGAAGACAAAUGGGGUGAAAACAAGGCAUACCUCGAUACCCUAGCUACCCAUCCCCCAGAGCAGAUAAGAGCUACAAUCUGGUCCAUGGUGAAGCAUGACCACCCUGACGCUCUUCUUCUACGAUUUUUAAGAGCUAGAAAAUGGGACUUACAAAGGGCACUUGUGAUGUUGAUGUCAACUAUGAACUGGAGAUGUUCGAAUGCCCACGUUGACGAUAUAAUCAUGGCGAACGGCGAGGAAUUUGCCGCCGUCAACGAGAAGAGCGGGGAUGCAAAGAGCAAAAAGUUAGCCGAGGACUUCUUAGCUCAGUUGCGCAUGGGGAAAAGUUAUUGCUAUGGCGCUGACAAGGCAGGAAGACCAAUUUGUGUCGUCAGAGCUCGCUUGCAUAAGGCAGGCGAGCAGUCAGAGGAAGGCCUUGAAUUGUUUACCGUCUACUUGAUCGAGACUACACGGUUCAUGCUAAGCCCCCCUGUGGACACUGCUUGUGUUCUAUUUGACUUGACUGGAUUUUCAUACGCUAAUAUGGACUAUACGCCAGUUAAGUUCAUGAUUAAAUGUUUCGAGGCGAACUACCCGGAAAGUCUCGGAGUGGUCCUUGUUCACAAAGCCCCUUGGGUCUUUCAAGGUAUCUGGAAGAUUAUUAAGGGGUGGCUAGACCCAGUAGUCGCAAGUAAAGUGCAUUUCACAAACAACCUCAAGGACUUGGAGGAGUUUAUCGCUACGGACAGGAUAGCGACCGAGCUGGAAGGCGCAUCAGGCUAUACUUACAAGUACAAGGAGCCGAUACCAGGAGAGAACGCCAAGAUGAAAGACAUCGAGACCAAGGAGAAACUACUCCAGGAACGCGAGCUCCUGUAUGAGGAGUAUGAGAGCAAGACCCUCGAGUGGAUCAAUGAACCGGAUGCUGGGAAAAGAGCGAUACUUCACGCGGAGCGGGACGCCGUCGCUAAGAAUCUGAGAGAGCAGUACUGGCGCCUAGACCCCUACCUUAGGUCGCGGUCAUACUAUGACAGGGUAGGAGUCAUCAAAUCUGAUGGAAGCGUCGAUUAUUACCCUUCAGCGACUGCCCCGGCCCCUACCAAUGGAACGGCGGCAGCGAUUGCCGCAGGAGAAACGGCUGCUGAUGACGUGGACUGA